ACGCAUAGUUUCACAGAAAACCUUCCACCAUGUUCCACAGCUCGCCAAGCUAGACAAGAGGACUUGCACCGCAAACAAAAAAAUAUCCUCGCUGUAAGUUAGUUCAGUGUAUCCCUGAUGUGAGUUGUGCUGCUUGGAGUAGGGAGCUCUUUGAACAGACUCAACAGUCGACGGACGCGAGAGCAGGCUUCGGAUCGUGGCGGGUAUGGAGGAGGAAAAACCUGGGACGGCCUUGUCGCCCUACGAUCGAACGGGUAGUCAUCGAAUGGAGACGGACUCCCCGCCAGUAUACAGCGAGCAUCCCUCGGCUCCCCCGAUGCCGGGAGCAGCUGGGUGGCGGCACGAUGGCGUAGUGUCUGGCGGUUCGGCAGCAGCCCAGCCUCCGCCAGUCUACACGUCGCUGGCCUCGCAAACGCCUGGUGCAGCGGGUCGCGCGGCCGUGCUCAUGCAGAGCGGCGAAUCAGCUGGUGGUAUGGCCGGCGACAGCAGCAAUGCAAGUCGCGACGACUACAGGUCGCUACUGCGUGCGUGCGCUGCGGAGUUCAUCGGAACACUCGUUCUUGCUUUGAUAUCCAUAACGGGAACGUGUGGUUUUGGCGCAUCAGAAACCCUGACUGGCAAUAACGCCCCAGUAAUAUUGGGUUUGAUUCUCGGCCUGACGUAUUUCCUGCUGAUUUGUAUGACCUCAUCGGCAAGUGGAGGACAUUUAAACCCAGCGAUGUCCCUUGGAGUGUGGCUGGCUGGAAGCAUGAACGUGCUAAGAUUUCGUCGAUUCAUACUCUACGCGUUCUGUCAGUUCGUGGGAGCAACGAUUGGAGCAGCUAUGGCUCUGGGCCUGAACAACAAGGAUCUUCUCUACGAGAUGCGCUACACCACCAGUGUGUUCAGUCGCCACUACCAGAAAGGCCAGGUGUUCGGCAUCGAGAUGUUUCUCGUGUUCGUCCUCGUGACCACCUUCCUGGUGAACAUGAUUGACGACAACGGCUUCAAGGACAUUGCCCCGCUGAGCGUCGGCAUGGUAGUUGCACUCGGCACCAUGGCAACCACGACAAUUGCAAGAGCAUACCUCAACCCAGCGCUAAGCUUUGGUGCAAGCAUCACCAGCCUCUACAGUAUUGACCACGAGAGUUGGGAACCCGGAGACCCAUCGUACUACGAUACCUACUGGAGGUACCAGUGGAUAUUUCACGUUGGCCCAUUUCUUGGAGGAGUGCUGGCAGCUGUAAACUAUCGGGUUCUGCUGAAAUCCAGGGGAGUGCGUCUACCACGCACCGAAUAACACUAGUGCUUUUCUUCUUUCUGGUACGGUGGACAUAGUUUCAUUCAGGAGUUGUAAAUUUAUAAUGCACAGUUUUGUCCUGGACGGCAAUGCAGCACACUUACGCUUGUGCUUACUUCUGUCCAUCGCUGAAGCGAUGAAUCCGAUGAUCGCGAACAGGCUAUGUUUAGACAUAGCAACAUGUGCUCGGGUUACACAAUUCAACAGCGGCCUGCAAGGCUGAUGGCAUGUACUGCAGACCAGCACCAGUACCCCCCUAGCUAGGCGGCCCCGGCGGAUAAUGCUCGAGAAUUUGACGGAUUCUGCUUUUCAGUAUGCUCGCAUUCUGCUCCAAGAUAGCACUGACAAUGCUUGAAUUCUGCUUCGGAAAAAUGGAAAUAGUGGUAUAGUUUACUAAUGUUGCAGAUUGAUAACAGCAUACAUGUGUUUUGCCACAUAAGUCAUGUUCUGCGAAAUAGAAAAAUACAACAGAAGUUCAGAAUUAUUAUUACUCAGCAUGCAAAGGCGCAGUAGUAGUUGCGAGGGCGUUGUGAAUUCUCACGAAAAUCCCAUAUAUUGCAAUAAUAUGCUAGUUUUCGCAAGAAUAUGCUGCAAAACUUGCCAGGUUGUGCUAGCGCAAUGCUAGUUUCCAGAAAGUGCUAGAUAUGCUAGACAUAAUGCUAGCAUUAUCCGCCGGGGCCUACCCCCAUCCACGUAUGCUGAGAACCUAGACACAUAGAAUCUGCUUGCUUGCUUGCUUCGUCUCAAAACUAAAAUAGCGUUCUCUAUCAAAUUUUGGGCAGACUCAUUAUUUUGGAGUUGUGGUGUUUUCCCCCCAAAACCCAUCAGAUGGGUUUUUUAUUCUAGUUCUGAUAUUUCUGUUACAAUAAACCCAUGAUAACCCACUGUG